AUGGUCAGCGAAGGCCGGCAGGUCCGUGUGCGCUGGGAGGGUGCCUCGCGACGGGCUGUUGCCGAGUCUGCCCCGGAUGCAGAGGGGAAGAUCCGCGUUCGCUUUCCGGAUGGCGCAGAGGCUGGCGUCCGCCAAGAGGCGGUUAGCGAGCCGAAGGACUUCGAAGCCAAGGAGCCACUGCAUGGAAUACAAGGACCUCUAUCGGCCCAGGAGGCCGCGGCCUUGCGACGGCGUUCCGAAGAGCUAUUGCAGAUAGGGGAUGCGGCUGCGGCCGCUGAGUUUGCCUCCGCUGCGCUUCGACACCUUGCGCUGCAACUGGACGGCGCGGUGGAACAGGAGGUCAUGGUCCUCAGGGGGCAGGAAGUCUGGGAAGGCGUGGCCACAGCCGCCGACGAAGCUGGCACCAGCAAGGUUCGCUUCCUUCGUCUCCUUGAGUGUCCAGACUUUCGUGGGCGCCAGAAGCAUGGCAGCAGGAACGAGAAGCGACAGGCUCGGUCCGCUGCUUUCUUGCACGCUGGUACGUAA